CGGAUCGAGCUCCCGAGUGUUCAUCAUGCUCGGCGCCGGCCAUGUCCACUACCUCGUCGCGGGAGGCUCCGGAGGAGGCGACGACCCCAGGUACCCCUGGACCUUCAAGUCCCUGCACGAGGUGGACGCCGUCGUCCCUGCCAUCGCCCGUGGAGCACCGGUAGGGCCUGACGGGUGCCCCAUCUGCUUCCGCACAUUCGCCAGUGCCAAGGCCGUCCAUGGCCACAUGCGCAGCCACACGGACCGCACCUGGCGUGGCAUGGAGCCGCCCCGGCCGCCGCCCCUGGGCGAGAUCCGUUACCCGUACGUGUGCGACCGCUGCAAGAUGCCGUUCCAGACGCGGCAGGCGCUCUGCGGCCACCACGCCAGCCACAAUGAUAAGAAAGGCUGCUCCUGGCUCGAAAGAGAGGAGCUCGCCGCCGCCGAAGAAGCUCGGAAGCCCGUCGUGUUCGACGUUGAUCUGAACCUUCCGGCUCCGGAGGCAGAGGAACAUGAGGAGGAGUAGUAGGAGAGAUGAACAGAUCGAUCGAGAAGCUUGCUAGUGUUCUCAGUUGACAGUUGUUCGAGCUGUGCUUGCGUGUGCUAUAUUUGGUGUUUAACUUCUAUAUAUUUUAUUCUGCCUUCUCUCUUUGACUUUGUGUUUCCGGACUUGGUGUGCAAAUAGCUCUCGGUCGAUC